CCCGAUAGUCCUACGUUAUCGUUUACCGUAGCUAUCAAUAUUCUACAGCGGCCCACGCCGCUACAUCAAUCAAACUUCUCCACUUCCUGAUCCUACAUUUGUCCACUUUCAAGUUUGUUCUUCUCUUUCUUUCAACACCCUCCCACAACUUUUUGCGUAACAAGGGUCAAAGAUUAAGACCAUGACGACAUCAUGGAAAGAUGCUGCGGCUAAGAAGCGUGAAGCAAUUUCCGCUCUCAUACCCGCCGAAUGGCGUAUUGACAACGUGCCCUCCGUAAAAGAGCAGGUUGACGUGACAGACUACAUCAAGCAAUAUCUGUCUAGAGAAGAACUGGGGAUUACUGAGAGUAGCGCAGAUCAGAUCGUCGAGAAAACAACAUCAGGGGCCUGGUCAGCCGAAAAAGUCACACGUGCUUUCUGCCACAGAGCAGCGCUUGCACACCAACUGCUUCACUGCCUCCAUGAAGUCUUCUUCGAUGCAGCUAUUGCCGAUGCAAAGAAGCUUGAUGCAUACUUUGCCAAGCACAAGGAACCCGUUGGCCCUCUCCAUGGCCUUCCCAUCUCACUGAAAGACCAAUUCCAUGUCAAAGGUGUCGAGACGACCAUGGGCUAUGUGGGUUGGAUCGACACUUUUGAGGGUAAGAAAGGCACCGGCAAAGAGAGGGUGUUUGAAAGUGAGAUGCUUCGCGAGCUUCGAGCAAGUGGUGCGGUCUUGUAUUGCAAGACGAGUGUGCCACAUACCCUUAUGGCCGGUGAGACAGUGAACAACAUCAUUGGAUACACGUUGAACCCCAAGAACCGCAACUUGAGCAGUGGAGGGAGCUCAGGUGGUGAAGGAGCAUUGAUUGGCAUUCGGGGCUCACCGGUAGGCUUUGGCACCGACAUAGGCGGCUCGAUCCGCGUCCCCGCUGCCUUCAACGGCCUCUACGGUCUUCGCCCAUCUACAGGCCGUCUACCCUACGAAGGUAUGUCGAACUCCAUGGACGGCCAAAACACCGUGCUUUCCGUCGUUGGCCCCCUCGGCACCACUGCAUCGUCCUUGCGCUUGGUCACGAAAGCUCUUCUUUCACAGCAGCCAUGGCUUUACGACCCUCUGGUUCACGAGAUCCCCUGGCGAUCUGCCGAAGAAGAGCACAUCCAGCAGCUCCUCCAAUUCGUUGGCGAGUCUGUCCCUAAAGAAAAGCGGUUGGCAUUUGGCAUCAUCCACACCGACGGCGUGGUCACUCCAACAGCACCUAUCCGCCGCGCCAUCAAACUCGUGACAAAAGCACUCGAAGCCGCAGGCCACGAAAUCACCACCUGGAGUCCACCCUCUCAUAGAGUGCUGAACGACACAGGCUUCAGACCCUGGGUCUUUGAUGGCGGACGCAAUGUCCGCGAUGCUUUCGCGUUGUCCGGUGAACAGAUGGCUACCCAAGUCUCGCUAUACCAGAACGAGAUGAAAGAGUUCACCGCGACCGAGAUUGCUGAGACGAAUGUGGCGAUGCGCGGUCUGAGGAAGGAGUAUAUGGAGUACUGGAAUAGCACUGCGAAGGAGACGAGUACUGGUAGGCCGGUGGAUGCUGUUAUCUCGCCAUUGGCGCCGUGGCCGGCCGCAAGGGAGGCGAAGUACAAGUAUUAUGGCUACUCGACCUGGGUUAAUGCGCUGGACUACACUGCUGUUGCGUUCCCGGUUACUAAUGUCGAUAAGUCUAUCGAUGUCAAGAGCAGUGACUUCAAGCCUGUGGAUGAGAAGGAUCAGGAGAUACAGGAUGACUAUGACCCUGAGAUCUACGAUGGCGCGCAUGUCAGUCUGCAGAUUGUGGGCAGGAGGUUGCAAGAAGAAAAAAUUCUAGCAGUAGCCGAAUAUGUGGGCAAGUUGAUCGGGAAAUAG